CACUUAUGUUAAUAUUUAUGCUCUUCUAUAUUCAUGUGCAUACUUUUUUAUUCUAUGUACCAUAAAAACAGAGUCAUUUCGUUGUACUCUGUGCAAUGACAAUAAAGAAAAGAUCUAUCUAUAUUAGAUGUAAUAAACUAUCUGAUGGUUGGAGACAGUGACAGUAAUUCAGUAUAAGCUGGAGUCAGAUAUUUAUGUAAUAAAGGACCUCCAGAAAAACUUUCAUCCUUCUCCCAGUCCAGAUAAUACACUGAACUGUAUGGUCCUGUCAGUCUCUAUAGUUUAACACUGACUCAUCGUACAUCACGGACGGAGAAACACACUCAGGAAACACCUGCUGCUCCUCAUGCUGACAUCUUAGAUUCAUGUAAAUGAUGAACUUCUUCUCUGAAAUGUAGAGGAACACGUUCUGCAUGUUACUGACUGAUUUCAUCAACAGAAACUGUGUCAUUGUAACGAUCACUUUGAGAUCAGAUCAUGAAUAAAGAGUGUUUAUAAGAAGACGGUGUGUGUCAGAGUGUUGAUGGUGUGUUAAUAAUAACAGUGAGGUGAGUGUUCAGUAUGUAGUACAUCACUGUGGAGAGCUUCAGCUGUGGUGUGUGAUGUUGAGCGUCUCCUCCCUCUGCCCCUCCUCCUGUCUCUCUUAUAGCACGUCCCUGCAGUCUCUCCUUUAUCUGCUCGUCACGCCGCUCAUCUCUUCACUCAGCACCAGAAUCCCAUCACACACGGACACCAUGCUGCCAGCGCUCUGCUCUCUCUUCACUGCUCUCGCAUGUGUCAGUGGUGUGAUUGUGGUGACACAGAAGCCUCCUGUUCUCACACUGACUGCAGGACAGACGGCCAAAAUGGACUGUAACCUGGGGACUGUCACUAAUAGUGAAGCACGCUGGUACAAACAGGUUCCUGGAGGAGUUCCUCAGCAUGUGAUAAGGCAUUAUCAUGGCUGGAGCUCUCCUAGCUAUGGAUCUGGUUUCUCGUCUCCUAAAUUCACAUCAACAUACUCGUCUCAAUCAGAUUAUAAACUGAUAAUCAGUAAUGUGGAGGUGGGAGACUCAGCAGUGUAUUACUGUAAGACAUGGGACAACUCUGCUAAAGAGAACGUAUUCGGCCAAGGAACAAAGCUGAUCGUCAGCGACGCUGCUCUCCCGUCUCCUGUUCUGAAGCUUCUCCCUCCGUCCACUGAAGAGCUGAAGACUAAAAAAGCCACUCUAGUGUGUUUGGCCAGCGACAUGUCUGUCGGUUUCGCUGAUGUGAGUUGGCUCGUGGACGGGAACUCGGUCACCAGUGGAGUCGUCACCGGCUCUGCACAGCAGCAGGACAAUAAGAAGUUCACACUGAGCAGCUAUUUGACCAUCGACAGCUGCGAGUGGGACAACGACAAAGUCAUAACGUGUGAAGUGUCUGCUGGAGGAAAAGCCGCAUCGGUGAAGAUUAACAAGUCUGAAUGCAGUGAAUGAAACAGAUUAUUGCUUUAUACAUAUAAAAAUGUUUCAGAAAUGUUUUUUAGAUGUUCUAGCUGAAUGUGUAGAAAAAUAAAGGAUAUAAACUCCUGCAUGUAAUCAAAAUAGAAGUGGAAUUAAAGUGCAGUCCUGAAAAAG